AACGCUGCCUGUUGCUGCAAGUGUUCAAUCUGCAGUAAUGGACCACGAUUUACCACAUUUAACUCUGGAUUGUCUCAUUCACGUUUUCUCUUUCCUCAAUGAGGUGGACUUAAUAAACGCUUCUACCGUUAAUAAGUUUUGGCAUGAAGCUGCAGAAACGCCCUGGUUGUGGAGGCAGAUGUGUCUACAUCGGUGGAGCUUCUGCAAUAUCGCACAGUUCGCUUCAGGAAAUGGAAGGCUGUCUUGGAAGAGCUACUAUUUGCGGAGGUCCAUGUUGGAGCUCAAAAUGAAGACGGGCAGGUCGUCCUCAGAUUACACAUGUAAAAGUCUGAGAGGUCAUACUGGUAGUGUGGUUGGCUUUGCUUACCUGGUAGAAAACAGCCAGCACUCUGAAUUCUGGAAUGCAUCACCAGUCGUCUGCAGCGCAUCCUCCGACGGAACAGUCCGGGCUUGGAAUGUUCAGACGGGUGCCCAGCUGUGGUCAAGUCCCGUCCAGAGCUCUCUGACAGGCAUUGUCGUUGAGCCCAAGCACAAGGUUGUCUUCACCUCAGACAGUACCGGGGUGAUUAAAGCCUGGGAUGGUUGUACAGGGCAAGAGGUGGCCUCCUUCCCUACUGACGCCUCUAGAUGCAAGCUGCUCUCCUACAGUUUUGAAGACCAGUUUGUCCUCUUUGUUGGAACCGGUGGUGGCGCCUUAUAUUCAUUGACCGCCCCAGCACUGUCAUUGAUAUCACGUCAGUUAGUCUGUGACAGUUUCAGCCUCAACCUGCUGGUAUCCUCUCUUGACAACAAGUGGAUCCUCGCAGCUACAACUGAGGGCUUUGACUUCAACCCCAAGGUUUUUUCCAUCCAGAGUUUGGUAUGUCCCACCGAUGACGAGCCGCUGCUUAGCCAGCCCCUGCCUGUGUCAGGCUGCCUAGCUGCUGUCUUCCUGCCUUCCGACCCAGCCAAAGUGGCUUUGGUACACAGAAAUGAGGACUGGAGUUCCAAAACUGUCUCUGUCUUUGAAGUUGUCUUGAAAAAAUCCAAAUACAAAACGGAAGUUCUAGUUAACCAAGUGGAGACCUUCGUGCUGCAGCUGGACAGGUGGAGUCCUGAUAUUCUUCUUCGGGCCCAGGGGUCAAGCACUCUUGUGUUUGCAGUGGGGAAUCUUUUGAAGGUGUACACCCUGAAAGGUGCUUUGCUCGCUAGUUUUGAGGAUCAUACCCAACCCAUUGCUUCGCUUUGUGUGGACAAUUUCCGUGUGGUUACGGCCUCUCAAGACCUGUCCCUGCGAGUACUGACCUGGAAGAAGGAUCCACAUGGAGGCGUGUCGCUCGAGAGCCGGUUCCACCUCUUGGGAGGCUCCCACACAAUGGCUAGGGGAUUCACAAAUGUGGCCUGUGAUUAUGCAAGUAUUGUGGCCUCCGUGGAAUCCACCAGUGGAAAAGACAUUCUGAAAGCGUACUCCUUUAACUCUUGAAGACAGCGGGAGUGUUGAGCUGAGUGGCUGAUGGGGGUGGUCAUGUAUGAAACUAUCAAAUAUUCUUUUGCAUAUUUAAUAGUUACAGUUACUGCCUUCGAAAGUAUAAUCUUGCAAAAAUUGUGCACUUUAUUUAAUAAGCUUCAUGACAGCAUGUAUCAAGUUCUGGACCCGUGGCCUUCUAUUUUUCCACCUGAGUUAUGCUGGUCCUUUUAAAAUAAAUUGCACAAUUAUAAUCAUGCCAACGUACCCUGUGGUUCAUGGACCUCUUGGAGGUUUAUGGAUGAGCUUCAGAAGGUUUGUGAACCUUAGCCUUGCUUUGAAAGUAGCACUACAUUUACAUUUACAUUUAUUUAUUUAGCAGACGCUUUUGUCCAAAGCGACAUAC